AUGCUAACUGCACUCACGGAUCGCAUGCAAGCGCUUGAGGCGUCUCAGAUGCAGAUCGACGAGGACGAGCGACUUCGAGGCGCGAUCGACAGUGGCUUUUUUGCGUCAGCGCUGGGACGCCGCAUGGGCGGUACGAUUCUACAUCGUGACGCGCUAGGAUAUGAUGCUCCGAGGCAGCCGCGUAGACGUGUUCGCGUGACUCAACCAGGUGACUCGCUAUUCCAGCAGUUCGGUCCACAGCAUGUCGGUCCGCGACAGCCAGCGGGCGCUGCUCGACCACAGGCGUCGCGCUAUGCGCCAGUGUCGCCUCCAGAUUUUAUAGACGCUCAUUCGCCUGUGCCACCACCGCAGCAGGCACCGACGCAGGAGUUGCCGUUGCGUGUCCCGGACGCACGCCAACGUAAGCUUGCUAUUCGCAAGUUUGAUGGUACAGAACUGUACCAGGGUCUCGGAUCGGGUUUUGCUGACUGGGGUCGCACGUUCUUGCGCCGAGUCACUAUGGCGCAGCAGGCCUGCGGAUUUGCAUGGGCUGAAGAUGUCAAGGUCGACUUACUAAGACACUACCUAAGUGGUACAGCAGAGCGGGACUACAAAAAACAAGUGGACGCUUGGUGGCUCGAAGAAGCCUCUCUCGAUCACGCUAUGGGCCGGUUGCUACACACAUUCAAGACUACAAUCACGUCGUCUCAAAUCUCUGCGUCGAUCAGCAGGCGAUCGUCGUUCACCAGGUGUCGAAUGGCACUUCACUGUCGAGUAUCCAGUCGUCAUGUUCACAUUGUCGCCGUCGCUCACCUACAGUAA